UUCAGCGAUUUGACCGGUCUCGACUAAUUUCUGUGUCACUGUUUUCUUUUUCUUUUUUACUUCGAAAAUCAUGAUACACGAAUAAAGUGGUCUGAACGAAAUUGCUCUGCUUUUGUUCGAUUGAAUUUGAUGUUUUAUAAACAGAUUUACGAAUUUUCUAGUGACAUAUGUGUUGCACUAGUUAGUCACGAAAUUGAGGUUAGGAGAGGCGUGACAUAGUUUGGUGUAUAAGUGCCGUGCACGACUACUCAGAGACAGGUGGUGAAAAUACAUGUAUAAUGCAACCGUAUGAAAUUAAGAGAAAUUAGGAGAACUAGUUGUGUUGUAUAUGCUCGGUCGAAAGGAAGAAACAGCAUUCGUAGUUUGUUUCGUACAUAAGGACUGAAAUUGAAGAAUCUCCAACUAAAGUAUCCAGGACAGAAAUUUCGUCCAUCUCUGCGGGAAAACGUAAACAGCGGUGAAAAGCUGGGUAAAAGUUUCACAAGAGGGACAGGAAACGGAAGUGUCUAUUCAAAAUGGGCGAGAAACGGGGCACAAAGGCGCUAGAACUCUGGUGCAGACGGAUAACCGAAGGUUAUCCCGGCGUGAAUGUACAAAACAUGACGACCUCUUGGAAAGACGGCCUUGCUUUCUGUGCAAUGAUUCAUCACUUUCGGCCAGAGCUCAUUGAUUUUGACAGUCUAGAUAAGAACGACGUCUAUCGGAACAAUGAGCUGGCUUUCAGAACAGCAGAGCAACAUUUGGGGAUUCCAGCACUGUUGGAUGCAGAGGAUAUGGCCUCUUGUUCCGUCCCGGAUCGGUUAUCAAUUCUAACUUAUCUUUCACAGUUUUAUCAAACAUUUGUUGGUUCCUCGCCAAAUCGACCCCCAGUAAACAGAACAACAAAACCUGAGGACGAAAGGAUUACUCCAGUAUCUGAAUCUCCAAAACAAAAGGUGGUGUCGUGUCUGGGUGUGCGGAGAGAUUCAUGUAUUGUGUGCGGACUUCCGGUCUUCUUGGCGGAGAAGUUGGUGGUCGCUCGUCUGACUUAUCAUCGGACGUGUUUCCGUUGCGCUCGUUGCAGCAAUCAGUUAACACACGGGAAUUAUUAUGAGACGGAGGCGGGCGGUUUCUGCUGCGAGACAUGCCCCGACGAGGGGAUCUCGUCGUCUGUGAUACAAAAAUAUAACGAGAUCCCGAAAUGCGGCGACACGUCGGGAAAGACCGAAGAAGACGAUGACACUGUCACGGAUUCGAGCGACCAGGAAUCUCUGAGCGAGGAAACAGACAGAAGCGUACGUAGUCGUGGCUCUGCGAAACGAUUGCAAUUCGAGGACGCUGUUAUUCCUGAAUUGGUCGCACAAACGUCACGAUUAAGAUUGAAUUUCAUAUCGAACCAUUUGCUCGCGGAAGAGAAUGGAGAAACCGUUACCAAUUUGGACGCGGCAGAUGGAGCCUCGAAUGUUCUCGAGAAUGACGUCGUGAAUAUAGAAACAGAAGCUACAAUUAGAUUAGGUACGUCAUUCCCGGUCAAGAUGGACGAAAACAACGGGCAAAAUGACGAUUUCUCCGGCACUUAUUCGAAACUUGAAUCUCAGAAUAGAGAAGAAGAAGACAUGAUCGAAAGAGAUGGUAUAUGUGUAAUGAAAACGGAUGAUGUAGGUGAUAAAUUAAAUUGUAGCAUGAAAACGGAGGAACAGAAAUUCAGUGUUCCUUUGGCUCGUGCCGUAAAUAAGGAUAAAUCUAUUAGUUUAGUUACUAAAACAAAUAAUACAGAGGAAUUGUUAGGUCAUACCGAUGAGGAUGAGGAGAGUGAGAGGUGCCUUUCGUUGGUUCAAAAGAGGUUGAAGUUGUUUGAGGCUCGUGAGAAGGAAGAUCACACGAGAAUAAGGCAGAGUAAACCUCAAAGUACCGAAGAACGAAAAUCUAAAAUACAUAAUAAUGGGAAAGUAGAGACAGUGAAAGAAGAUCGUGCAGGUGUAAAAGUCGAAUUAGAAGAGAUAAAUGGACCGAAAGUUUUGGAUGACGGAAUAAGGAGUCCGAAAAUUAAUCGAAUUGAAGGUACAGAGGAGGAGAACUCUUUAGGAUUAGUUAGAAAAAAUUCUGGUAAAUUGAGUUCAGAAGCGACUGAACCAGUUAGUACCGAGGAAAGCGAUAUUUCAAGUAAUGUUAAGAAUCUCAAUAUACAAGAGAGCAACAAGAAUGUUACGACUGUGUCUGAGGCGUCAUCAGCACCUCCUUGGAAGUUAUCUACAAACACUGUAACAGUUAAUACAGACGAAGAAAGUAGUGAAGAUCAAACAGUUCCUGCUCCAUCUGUUGAGCAAGUUAAUGAAUGUUGUGAAAAAGACAGUGAUCUGAAUGUACAUAAAGAUUAUCAAAAAAGUUUAAAUCCCUUCAGUUGCGAUGAUGAUGAGGAGGAGGAUGUUGUUGACAAUCAGUCGACAAGUACAGACAAUCUUAAGAGUAGUAAUUCAACAAAUCCCUUUGAAAAUGAAGAGACUGAAGAAGCGGAAGAAAAGGAGGAAAAGAAAGUCACCCCGCCAAUACCUGCCAAGAGAAGCAAUUUCAGCAACAGUCCUAAACAAGAAGUGUUCACGGACGUACAAACAAAACGGCGUUUGGCUGCACCGAAAAUUAGUUUAAAUCCUUUUUGGAGCGAUGACGAUGAUCAUGACAGCGAUUUGGAAUAUCUAGACAGGACACCUGAGCAUUUGCCUGUUCCUAAACCACGAACUAUGCAUACCGAAUCCGGAGGAACACCUGGAGUAAUUUCUCGAAAGAAAAAACCAGCGCCAUUGCCUCCAAGCAACAGGGAACCGGUUGUUACCGAGCAACAAGCGUCCUUAGUGCUCGAACUACAGAAAACUUCGUCCGAAUACCACAAUUCAUAUCCACGCACAACACCCAAGGCACGAAAAGCAAAACCAGCUCCACCGCCACCGAUGCCCACAAGCACACCGUGUCACACAGCCGCUGUCUCUACACUCAGUCUCGAAGAAUCUCCAAUAAUCGAAACGUAUAACAUAACUGAAAAUACGAAUUUAUGGGAAGAUAAAAAGACGAAUAAAGACGAACUAAACAGGAGCAAGCAAACUUUCACGCACAUUUCAUGCGGGGAUAAUUCUGAUUAUCACUCGCCAUACACAGACAAAAGUACACAGGGAAAAUGGAAAAGGAAGAAGGGGCCAGCUCCGCCAUGUCCAAUACCACAUAGAAGAAAAAUAAAAGUAAUGUCCCUUAAGGAUGUCAAACUGGAAUUGGAUGAAAUUGAAUUACAGCAACAAGGUCUAGAAAAACAAGGUGUGCGAUUAGAGCAACUGAUUAGGAAUAAAUGCGAAACAGGAUCGAAUAAUGAAGAUGUUUCACUGGGAACCGAUGUGGAGGAGUUAGUCUUAGAACUAUUCGCUCUUGUAAAUGAGAAAAAUGAAUUGUUUAGACGGCAAGCGGAAUUAAUGUUACUUCGAAGGCAACAGAGAUUGGAAGAAGAGCAUGUUGAGGUCGAAUAUCAAAUUCGAUGUUUAAUGUCGCAAAACGAAUCCACAAAAACGGAUUUCGAGAAACAGAAAGAAGAAGCAUUAAUACAAAGACUUGUACAAAUCGUCGAGAAGCGGAAUGAGAUUGUCGAGUGUUUGGAAAUGGAUCGUCGUAGAGAAAUAGAAGAGGAUCGAAGUAUACACAAGCACAUGGGUCUGCUUGCUGCUAAGACGAAAAAUGACACACCGGACAAUGAUCUGUAUGAUCCCUGUUGUUCAAGAACGAAGAAAGGCAAACCAAAGAAGAAAACAAAAGAGAAGAAGUCGAAAAGAUUAUCUAAAAAGGAUAUCGAUAAGGAUAUAGACGAGACUGAGGUAAAACAGAAACGCCACAAUAAGCGAAAAUGGUUUUAA